AUAUGGCCCCUUUAUCGCAUCAAAUACGGGACAUGAUCUGAGCAAGUCGCUUAAACAUUUGUCGGGAACAAAUGCAGAUGUGAAGGUAGAAGGUAACAAGCAUCAACGUGCUAUAUCAAGAGUGAUCCUAUGUCGCCGUCUCGCAUUUAAGGCCGUCGGAGUCAGCGUCGAAGCAACUUGCGAUGCGACCAGCUUUAGUCGCUUCCUUGUUGUCGACCACCGUUGCAUGAAGGCUAAUUCUGGCCAGUAAUCCGGGUAGAGAUCUAUCUGAUCGCUAAAAUGAAGCUGGAGAGCUUUCGCAUCUAUUGGCUGGCUGCAGUCCUGUGCUGUGGAGGGAUGUUAUAUGGCUAUGACUCUGGAGUAAUAGGCGGAGUUUUAACAUUCGAACAGUUUGCGAAUGAUUUCAGCUAUGCAAAGUCGGAAGCAACUCGAGUCAGCUCGAUCGCUGUGGGCAUCCAGCAGGCUGGUGCUCUGGUGGGCUGUUUCGCCAUCUGGCCGGUUACCAAUCGAUAUGGAAGAAAGCCAGCAAUCAUGGCGUGUUCGCUCAUUUUCUGCAUUGGGGUUGUGCUUGAGACACUCAAUACGCAUUCCAUCUCAGCGUUCUACCUUGGCCGUGUCAUUUGUGGACUUGGUAUCGGAGGCUCUUCGACAGUCGCGCCAAUCUACAUGGCCGAGUCAUCACCAAAGGAUAUUCGCGGUCGACUAGGUAGUUGCUACCAGUUUUCGUUCACCAUUGGUAUUCUCGCAUCCUACUGGAUUGAUUACGGCGUUAAAUAUAUGAAGCCAUCGGCAAUUCAAUGGCAGAUCCCAAUUGGCCUCCAGAUCGUCCCGGGCGCACUGAUGGGCCUCGGCGUGCUGACCCUGGAGGAGAGUGUGCGAUGGUUGGUGGCCAACGGACGCUACGACGAAGCAUGGAGGAGUCUCGUGUGGCUCCGUGCUAGUGACUCCGAGAUAGUUGAGACGGAGCUCAUGGAGAUGAAGCAAGGCGCAGAAGAGGAGAGACGCGUCAUGGCCGGACUCAGCCUGAAGGAAUUAUUCGAAUGGCACAACGCUCACAGGCUACUCAUUGGAUUUGGGUUUUUCAUGGCUCAACAGUCGACAGGGUCGACAGCGCUGGCGUACUUUGGACCGCAAUUCUUCUCACUUCUCACAGGCCCAGGUGACCAGGACCUGCUGCUGACUGGAUUCUUCGGUGCCAUCAAGGUCAUUUCAUGUGGCAUCUUUGUCUUUUUCAUCUCUGACAGGUUUGGCCGCCGUCCAGUCCUCAUGGUGGGAGCAGCAUUGAUGUGCGUGUGUAUGCUUGUUAUUUCCGCGGUGGUCAAGACGCAUCAGCCACCAGGUGAUGGACACAUUACACCCGCUGGGAUUCUUACUGUCUCGCUCAUCUACCUCGACAUCUGCAUUUACAAUCUAUCAUGGGGCCCGCUCCCAUGGCCAUGCACAUCGGAGAUCUUCCCAACACGCAUCCGAGAGCCAGGCGUCGCUCUGGGCGUUGGCUCACAAUGGCUGUUCAAUUUUGUCUGGUCGUUCAGCACUCCUUAUAUCAUGUCCGGCCUGGGAUGGGCGACGUUUCUUCUGUUCGGAAUAUUUGACGUGUUCAUUUUCGCCUUCGUUUACUUUUGCGUUAAGGAAACCGCGCGCAAGACGCUGGAGGAGAUCAACGCCAUGUUUGAGCCUGCUGUAUACCACGCCAUACCUUCAGCCAAUAAGCCGGGAGAAGAACCGCAAGAAGAUGAACCAUUGCUAUUUCCGAAGUCACCGGGAAAUCAGCAGGCCGACGACGAGGAGUAAUCUCAUUAGCAGUUACAUUUCGCAUCGCAACGUCACAUUUGGCGUGAUUCCGGAGUCCCCCGUCUCAUCUAUAGAAUCUCACAGCGCGCAAUAUGCAUCUCUUGCAGUUCGAUUUCUAGAGAGGGUCAUAUAUUUUACUAAAAUAUUAUUUCCGAUAGACAUGAUAGAUCGAUACUCUAUAUACCAAUCACAACAC